CGUGACUACCUGCAUGCUAAGGGAUAAAGAAAAAUGACCUGCUGAACUUCAAAAUGCCACGGUAUUCAUUUAAAUACAGUCAUUAAAAAGAGUGUAUCGAUGUACCACUAAUUCUCCUAUUGCGCCUUUAAGCCUUUUUACUUUCAAAGCAUUUUCUCCUUUGAUCCCGCAAACAGCGAGUCCAACCCCACUGUGUUCAUUUUCCCACUCCACACGUCCACAGGAGAGUGAGCAGUCUGAAAACACUGCUUCCUUUUAAAAGCGGAUCUGGCUGAGUUCAAAGAAAGAAAGUUCUUUGCAAAGGAAAGGAAAGAAAGAAAGAAUCUGUAAAAGAAAUGUGGAAUAAAUAAAGGAGGGUUCUUUUUUAAAAAAAGAUUUUUUGAUGGGGAAAUGAAAGGAAAUUAAGACUCAAAAGAAGGAGGGGUAUAUAAGAGUUAAGAAAGGUAAGGUUUUCUUGACUCAGCUGGAGGUGAGGGAUGCUCAUUUAGACCCAUCCACACUUAGACAUGCUUUGCCAAUAACUAAAGAGGUGCGUGUGAUGGUGUGAUAUUUACAUUUUAAAUAGAUCCUCUCGUCCAGAGUGAUUUGCCAUGAGUGUGCUCCAGUUUCUCAAUCUGUAAUAUUCCCUUCAACACUCACAUGUCUCUGUCAGAUGGAGGAUUGCUGGAAGAGCAAAUAAAAUGAGUCUAAAAGCAGCUGAGGAUUUUAGGAGUGGAGCAUAUUGAAGCUAGAAGAGGCAGAACAUGGGACAGGGAUGAGUUUGGGGGGUAAGAAAGAGCACUCAAACAAGGACAAGGCAAAAGACAGAGACAGGGAGGAGAGGGAGAAGAAGAAGCUCAAAGACAGAGAAAGAGAAAAGGAAAAGAAGCACAAAGUGGUAAACGAGAUCAAGAGGGAGAACGGAGAGGUCAAGCAGCCGAUGAAAGAUGAAAAAGAGAAAGAAAAGAUCAACUCAGAGGAGCUGCAAAUCAAAAAAGUCAAGAAGAAAAAGAAGAAGAAACACAAAGAGGGGGACAAGCACAAACGAGUGAAAAUGUACCACCGCUCCUGCCAAACCGUGUGCGCUGGCCUCCUUCUGAUAUCUCCGUCUUCUCCACCCCCUGCAUCCUCCCAACCCGCCCACAACUCCUCACUGUCUCCAUUCAAGUCCCCUCUGCCGGUUUUACCGCCACCUAACAACAAAACUGCAUCCUUUCUGCCUUCCUCCCUCGCCUCAAAGUCACUCUUUAACUCCUCUGACCACAACUCCUCAUCAUCCUCCAUCAAGUCGCCGCACCCCUCCCCAACCAAACACCUGCCGCAGUGCACCCAUCCUGGCAUGGCGGGUCUGGAGUUUGCCCCAUACAUCUACAUAGAGAACCAGCCUAAUGGAGGGGCUCUGGUGGCCCAUGCGUACACAUCCCAGCUUGCCUCUCUCUCCAUGGACCAGAGGCAGAAAUUCGCUGAGGAGUUUGUCACCUUGGCUUUCAGCGAGGACUCUUCCCAGGCAGCUCACUACGUUAUGGGGAUCAUCCACGGAGAAGCCAGCUACCUGCCUGACUUCUUGGACUACUUUUCAACCAAGUUCCCUUCGGCUCCAGUCAAAAUGGAAAUAUUGGGAAAGAAGGACAUAGAAACCACCACUAUGGCUAAUUUCUACUCUCAGGUGAAGAGAACAUACAGCAACGGUACAUACAGAGCUGGGGCAAUGAGGCAGAUCAGCCUGGUGGGCGCAGUGGACGAGGAGGUCGGGGAUUAUUUCCCAGAAUUCCUUGGUAUGCUGGAAGAGUCACCCUUCCUGAAGCGGACUCUUCCAUGGGGAACGUUCUCCAGUCUGAGGCUGAUGAGUCCCACAGAGAGCGAUGACGGUCCUAUAAUGUGGGUCAGACCAGGAGAACAGAUGAUACCUGUAGCUGAUAUACCAAAGUCCCCUUUUAAAAGAAAACGCUCCACCAAUGAGGUGAAGAACCUGCUGCAGUCUCUGCCCAGGACCAGCGAGCCCAGAGAAAUGCUGUUCGAGGAUCGGACACGGGCCCACGCUGAUCACAUCGGUCAGGGCUUUGAACGGCAGACCACAGCAGCUGUGGGGGUGCUGAAGGCUGUGCAGUUUGGAGAAAGCUCAGAGCCCCCUCGUGUAACCAAAGAUGUCGUGUGUUUCCAUGCUGGUGAUUUUUCUCAAGUAGUUCAGAGGCUGCAGUUGGACCUGCAUGAACCUCCACUGUCUCAGUGUGUGCAGUGGGUCGAUGAUGCCAAACUAAACCAGCUGCGUCGUGAGGGCGUUCGCUACGCUCGCAUCCGCCUCUGCCAUGACGACAUCUAUUUCAUCCCUCGCAACGUGGUCCACCAGUUCAAGACUGUGUCAUCUGUCUGCAGCCUGGCGUGGCACGUUCGCUUAAAACAAUACCACCAGGGAGAGGAGGAGGAGGAAGAAGACGAGGAGGAGGAGGCAAAGGAAGAGGAGGAAAAGGUUGAGCUGAUGGAAGAGGGGGGUAAAACCAUAGAGGAAAAUGAGGAAGAGGAUGGGAGGAGAGAAAAGGAGGGUGAGACAGAAGUGAGGGAGAGGAUAAAAGAGGAGGAUGAAGAGGUUGAUGUAGAGGAAAGCAGGACGUUUCCGGCUGUCAAAAGGGAGGAAAAACAUCCACCUGUCAUGUCUCAGCCUGCUCCCUCAGUGGACUCGAAUGCGAGCAGUGCUAGAGACAAAGAGGAGGAGACAGAGAGGAUAAAAGAAGGAGGGAAACCCAAACAGCAGGUUUCACCUCCUGCAAAGGUAAAAGCAGAACUUCCAGCACCUCCUGUUUGCAAGAAUAAAUUACUUUCACCUCUCCCUUCUGCCUCCCAUCUUCCUCAUAAGGACACAAAACCCAAAGCAGCAUCGAAGCACCUUCAUCAGCACCAUCACCAUCAUUCGGACAGCAGAACGAUGUCUUCCAGUACAAGUUCCUCCUCCACAGCUCCUAAAUCACCUGUCUCCAAGUCUUCCUCUUCUUUGUCACUUUCAUCUGUUACUUCUCUGUGCUCCUCUGUUGCUGCUCCCAGUCCAUCCUCUACCUCGUCUCCGUCUCCUGCUCUGUCCACUAUCUCCACCUCCGCUAUAUCUUCCCUAACGACUCCAAAGCCUCCUGUGGACUCUUUCCCCACGCUCCCUUCUCCUGCCGUGUCUUCAGUGUCCCAGCUGCCUUCCUCCUCUAAGUCAGACCAACCGAAGGACAAAGGCUCCUUUUGUCUAAAACCUGAUGUCCCUUCUGACACACAGACACGGACGCAGUCGGAUGUGCAUGAGUCAUCUGUUGCAGACGUGCAAAGACAGACCCCUGCGAGCUCACAAGCUGACACAUGGACGCACACAGUAGCACGAACGCAGACAGACUUGUGGACGCACGCGCUUCAGGACAAAUGGACUCGUACUGCGGACUCCAGGACAUCCAUUGAUCCACAGAUGCAUCUGGCACAGGACGCUGGGAGGCAGGGGCUUUACAUGCAGCAAUACGCAGCCCAGCAUCUCCCACCUCCUCACCUCCCUCACAUGCUUCCCCCGUCUUUCCCCCCUCUUCUGCCACAGUCCCAUCUCCCUCACAGGCCUCCAGUCCUCCCCCCAAGUCCCCCCCUCUCGGCACAGUCCCAAACUCUGAACUCUUUCCUCAAUCAGAAAGCGCCGCCUCACUCGGUUCACAUAAGCCAGCUUCACCUUCAUCCGCCACACCAACCAAACAUCACCACGCAGUCUCAACCGUAUUACCAACCUCCCCUAAUGGCCUGCCCAUCUCAACCAAACAAUCCCCCCGGCAGCUCUCAGUCUCUCCCUCCUCACCUGUCUCACCAUCACCAGUACAUCUCCCCGCACACCAAAACCUUCUUCCCCCCUCAGCAUCCCCACUUCCCCUCUCACCACUUCCUCCCUCCUCAGUCUUUCCUCUCUCAACCACCUGGCUCUUACUCACUACAACCACAAUACCAAACCCCAGCACCACCUUUCCCUCAUCCUCCACCUCCCCCUUCCUCCUCUCCUCCUCCCCCACCUCCUUCUUUACCCCCUCCCCUUCCUCCCCAGCCUUCCCCUUCUGUCUUCUCUCCUCCCCCAAAGCAUGAAGAGGAGCAGAAACAGAUUUUAUAGUAGUUUGUGUACAUAAGGAUGCUGUCUUUAAAUGGCUGUAUAUGUACAAGUUUUUAUUUUGGUUGUGUUGUUGUAAAAUGAUGUAAAAACAAAAAGGAAAUCAGAAGGCAGACAGUGGAAAGUAUUGGUUUGAAGUCAGUAGUUUAUAAGGCAGAGUUGGAAUUUAUUCACCCUAGACCUCUGGACUGGACUGGUUUAGAUGCUUUGGUUGCGCUUGGGUUCAAAAAUAUUGAGAAUAGCAUUUAUCUCUAGUUUCCUUUUUCCUGGUUUUGACUUUAAAGAAGGUAUUUUUCAGGCUCAAGGAUCAAGUGAACACCCUAAUCUGAGACAACUGCUGUCUGGUUCUGUUUUUUUUUUUUUUUUUUGAAGUGAGCAUAACCCUCAAAUAUCAGAAUAUUCUGUGAGCCAUCAGAGGUAGGGAGGGAAAAAAAGGUUUCUGCAGACUUGGUGUCAGAUAUUUAUAUAAAAAGGUCAUGAUCACAACCUCUUUGUGAAACUUGCAGCUAAUGCUUCCAUUUUUGUGUUGAGUUUUUUUUUCUGAUUUUCUAGUGUAUUCUUUGUGCCCAAAGACUGUUUCUGGAAAAAUCAUGGGUCACAUCUUGAUAUUGUACAAUACACUAUUGUACUGAUGUAGUAUUUCUACAUUUGCUAUACUAUAUUGUGCCCAUAUAUCUUAUUCAGUACAGUACGUUGAGGACUUUUCCCUAAUAUUGUAUUUUGAGCAAUAAUGCUCUGCAAUAAUCUGCUGAAUUUAAAUAUAAAUGCAUUUCCCUGUUACUGAUAUGGUGACACAAAAGUGUCAGUAUUUUUAUUUGAUAAAAAGCCAGAAAUAUUCUACAGAAUCACUGAGGAGUGUUUAAAUGUAAUUAAUACAUAUUAUCUUAAGUGAUUUUUCGCUUGAGCGCUGGUGUUUUUAUUGUUCAAAAACAGCAUUCGCGCAGUUUUAAGUGUCACUAAACGACAGACUCAUGUCAAUAAUGAAUCAGUGUGUGGUAAAAUAAAAGUGAAGAGGGUCACGGUUUAAAGGGAUGGUUUGACAUUCUGGGAAAUUUGCUUCAUUUGCGAUAAUGCAGAUUGUUGGAUGGGAAGACUAACCAAUCAUGUUUGUACAGUAAAUCUGCUGUAAAUCCACAGCAACUGGUUAACUUUGGUCAGACAAGGAUGUCAUAUGCAACUUGAUUGUUUUUACUAAGCUGACCUGCCACUGCCGGUAGCUUCAUAAUCACUGUGCACACAUCAGAAUGGUAUAAAAAUAAGUAUAUUUUCCCAAAAUGUUGAACUGUUUCUUUAAAGCCUUGCGAUUAUCUUGUACCUAAAGCCCUCAACGCCAGUGACAGAGCUCUUAGUGUGAUUUUGCUGUAUUUUUCAGUGUCUAUCGGAUGUGAACCAACUUUUUCCUAAUUUUGGAAACUGAACUCUUGCUGGUCAGCCAAGGACAAAUUCGACCCUGCCAAGGCUGCUACACAGAUGAGCAUUCAGAGUCUCAGGAAAAAGAAAAACAUUCAGGACACUUUCACAAAUACAUUGGUCUCUCAAAAAUAUCCUAGAUCUGAGUUACCUUUUAGACUCAUGGGUAAUUGAAAUACUCUUCAGACUGGAACAUUGUAAUAGUACCUAUGCAGCUACAUUAAGAGCUCCACAUGCGUUAACUUUACAUCUUCACAGCAUCUAAAACAAUAAGAUAGGAACGACAGAAUGAGUAGAACAAUAUCGUACAGUAGCAGUCGGUCAAGAUUACCUGAACAUUGACUGAUUACAGCACUUUGUUAUCACAGAUAUACCAACCGCUGUUUAAAUGCAUUUGAUCUUGUCGGAGAUAAUUCAUGAAUCCCAAGAUUAGAUUGUCAGAUUGUUAACAAUUUCAGGUUCUUCCAAGACUUUUAUGUUGAUUGUUCAGGCCUCAGCACUUCUUAAAAAAUAUAUAUACUUUAUGGACACAUGCUUUCAGACAAACAGAAGGUACACGGAGUUUAUUCGCAAAGCACUAUUUAUCUAUUUACCUGAAGUCCAGUUUCUCUACAGUGUGGAGCAUCUCGUCUUGUUAAAAUGUUAUAUUUAUCAGCCAGGGACUUCAGUGACCUCUAGUGUUUUUAGAAGUACAAUAAAUUAUUAACUAUAUGAAGAGUAUGUGUUCCUCCAAAUGAUGAAUAUCUGAUUUUAGAGUCCGACUCUUCCGUCUCAGUGCUCGUCCCGCAGUUGUGGACACUUUGAUGUUGCGAAAAAUUGAUGUCUUGAUUUUAAUAUUACUAUCUGGAUUACAGCCCACUUGCAAAUGUAGCCCACAACAUUUCCCCAGUGCCUGUCCUUAACUGUGAACUACUAAAUGGUCCAGAGCCUUAUGGAGAAAGAGUUCUGUCCUGUCGUGGGAGUUUUUAGGAGUCCCAUUUUUAAUUUUUUUUUAUUUCUCUUAAUUUUUCACUUCAAAAUCAAAACGUCCUAAAUGUCACAGGUGUAAGUUUGUC